AUGGAGAAGGACUAUGAUGAGCCCGAGUUCGCUCCAAUCACGGUGCGAACUGCAACUGUAUUAGAGGAGCGAGAACAACAGACCUUGACUCGCAUUGCCUCUAGCAAACUUGGCCAACAACUUUCAAAAUCGGCGAGCAAGAAAGACGGUCUCGCCCCCCACCUUGAUCCCACCAACCCUCUAUUUGAUCAUCGCCGAUGGGCGCAAAUGGUCUUGGACCAAGCCAACGAUUCAGGCAUUGAUAUCCCCCACCAAGGCGUGGUCUUCUCCAAUCUAUCCAUCAGCGGCUCCGGCUCCGCUCUACAAUACCAGGAAACCCUCACUUCCAGUUUGAAAGUGCCCUUCCGAGCUGCGACAAGAGCUUUGACCGGACGGAUCUCACCACCAAGACAAAUCCUUCGCAGCUUCGAUGGCUUACUUCAGGGGGGAGAACUCCUUCUUGUCCUCGGUCGACCCGGUAGUGGAUGUACGACAUUCCUGAAGACUAUCUGCGGACACCUUGGAGGGUUGACAGUGGAGCCUGAAAGUAUACUUCACUACAAAGGAGUUGCAUUUGACCAUAUGAUCAAACAUCACCGAGGAGAGGUUGCAUACAACAAGGAGGUCGACCUACAUUUCCCCCACUUGACCGUGGGCCAGACCCUUACAUUCGCCGCCCAUGCUCGUGCACCCCAACAACGUCUGGAGGGUGUGACCCGCAAUGAAUACGUUGAGACAAUCACUCAGGUGGUCCUGUCCGUCUUUGGAUUGUCUCACACCUACAACACCAAGGUAGGCAACGACUUUGUACGUGGUGUUAGUGGAGGCGAGAGAAAGCGAGUCAGUAUUGCCGAGAUGUUUCUGGCUCGCUGUCGCAUCGGAGCAUGGGACAACAGCACCCGUGGUCUGGAUGCCGCAUCCGCUCUGAAAUUUGUGAGCUCGCUGCGUCUCGCAGCCGAUAUGGGACAAUCCUGCCAUGCCAUUGCAGCCUACCAAGCAUCGCAGUCAAUGUAUGAUCUUUUUGACAAGGUGGUCCUUCUAUACGAGGGAUACCAGAUCUACUACGGAUCCAGAGAGCGUGCAGCAUCCUAUUUCGAAGACAUGGGCUGGGAGAGACCCGAGCGCCAAGUCAGCGGUGACUUCUUGACUGCUAUCACUAACCCAGCAGAACGCACGGCUCGGCCUGGCAUGGAGAACAAGGUUCCCCGCACAGCGAAGGAGUUUUCCGAGCAUUGGAAAAAGAGCCCGGAGUAUCAGCUUUUGCACAAGGAUAUUUCCAAGUUCGAAAGUGAGCAUCCACCAAAUGGAGACGACGCAAAAAGGCUCAUGGAAAGCCACGAAGAGCGGCAAGCCCGCCACACUCGAUCUCGCAGCCCUUUCCUGCUCUCCAUCCCUAUGCAAGUGCGCCUUUGCAUGCACAGAGCCUACCAGCGAAUGCUCCAAGAUCUCCCAACAGCAAUGGCACCUGUCAUUGUUCAGAUCGUUCUAUCUCUGAUCAUCGGAUCCAUUUUUUACAAUACUCCAGACUCGCCCAGUUACUUCUUCCAAAAGGGUGCAGUGAUGUACUUUGCUGUGCUUAUGAACGCUCUACUUACGAUCAACGAAAUUCUUCAACUCUAUGCUCAGCGCCCUGUUGUCGAAAAGCAAGCUGGUUACGCCUUUGUCCACCCAUUCACUGAAGCACUAGCCAGUAUCGUCGUUGAUCUACCGAUCAAGAUCGUACGAAUCUCAAUCUUCACAGUAGUCCUCUACUUCAUGGCAAACCUGCGCCGCGAAGCGGGAGCUUUCUUCACCCAUUACCUAUUCUUGCUCACUGCAGUUCUAACCAUGUCUGGUCUGUUCCGCAGUGUCGGUGCAUUGACUAAAUCUGUGGGUCAGGCUAUGGCGAUUGCUGGUGUGCUUGUGCUCUGCAUUGUCGUUUAUACUGGGUUUACUCUGCCGCAGCCGUACAUGCAUCCGUGGCUUUCCUGGAUCCGUUGGAUCAACCCGAUCUACUAUACCUUCGAAGCCCUCGUGGCCAAUGAAUUCCAUGGUCGAACAUUCGACUGUUCCGCAUUCAUCCCAAGUUAUGGAACUGGCACGUCCUUCAUUUGCUCCACUGUCGGUGCGGUCGCCGGUCAACGAACUGUAUCUGGGGAUGCUUUCAUUGAGAAGAACUACGAGUACAAGCACUCUCACCUGUGGCGGAACUAUGGAAUUCUCAUCGCCUUUUUGAUCGCUCUCAACGCGCUCUACUUGGCCGCCACAGAGUAUCUCACUGAUGACAAGUCAAAGGCCGAGGCCUUGGUCUUCCGCCCCGGACAUGCACCCAAAUAUUUGCAGGAAGGUCACAGUAUCGAGCUUGGAGUCGAGGAGGUCAAUAAGCUCGAGCUGCAGAAAACUAGUGACACUAUCCGUCUGCCCGAGCAAAAGGACAUUCUCUCAUGGAACUCUCUCAACUACGACAUCCCCGUGAAGGAGGGCACCCGACGACUCUUGGACAAUGUCAAUGGCUGGGUCAAACCUGGUAGCCUGACUGCCUUGAUGGGUGUUUCUGGAGCUGGAAAGACAACACUUCUUGAUGUUCUUGCACAGAGAGUCUCCAUUGGUGUUGUCUCUGGUGAUAUCUUCGUGAACGGCAAGGGCCUUGCGGCCAACUUCCCCCGUCGGACCGGAUACGUACAACAGCAAGAUCUUCAUCUUGACAGCACAACUGUGAGAGAAGCUUUGCGUUUCAGUGCUAUGCUUCGUCAGCCCCAAAAGGUUACCAAGCAAGAGAAGUAUGAGUACGUGGAACAAGUCAUCCAAAUCUUGGGCAUGGAAGAUUUCGCCGAAGCGGUCGUGGGAAGCCUGGGAGAGGGUCUAAACGUCGAGCAAAGGAAGCUGCUUAGCAUUGGUGUCGAACUUGCUGCAAAGCCUACCCUGCUUAUCUUCCUCGACGAACCUACUAGCGGUCUCGACUCCCAAAGCUCUUGGACUAUUUGUCAGUUCCUCAGAAGACUUGCAGAUCACGGCCAGGCUGUCCUCGCGACAAUCCACCAACCUAGCGCGCAGUUGUUCCAAACCUUCGAUCGAUUGCUUUUCCUUGCAAAGGGAGGAAAAACAGUGUAUUUUGGUGAUAUCGGAAGCCAAUCCUCCACUCUUCUGAAAUACUUCGAGCACAAUGGUGCUCGUCCAUGUGAGCAACUCGAGAACCCCGCCGAAUACAUACUGGAGAUGGUUGCCGGUGAUUCUUGCCCAAUAGACUGGGUUGAAGCCUGGAACAAGAGCCCAGAGUACGAAGAGGUACUUGCUGAGGUCGAACGACUUCAUCACGCCCGCAAGCCGUCUGUUCAACAACCAUGCCUGGACGAGUCUGAUGAUGUCGAUGACGACUCCGAGUUCGCCAUGCCACUCAGCAGCCAGCUAUACUAUGUUCUUGCAAGAGUCUUCCAACAGUACUACCGUCAGCCAGAAUACGUCUACUCCAAGUUCAUUUUGGGCAUUGUGUCUGGUUUAUUCAUUGGCUUCUCAUUCUGGAAAGCAGACAACAGCCAACAAGGCUUCCAAAACGUGCUUUUCAGUAUCUUCCUGCUGUGCACAAUUUUCAACACCCUUGUCAACCAGAUCAUGCCCAAAUUUGUCGUCCAGCGCUCCCUCUACGAGGUCCGCGAACGCCCAUCCCGCAUCUAUUCCUGGAAGGUCUUCAUCCUAUCCCAGAUGCUCGUCGAAGUCCCCUUCCAAAUCUGCCUCGGAAUCUGUUCCUGGGCCUGCUUCUACUGGGCCGUCUUCGGCGCCGACCAAGACUCCGAGCGCCGCUCCCUGAUCAUGCUCUUCAUCGUACAAUUUUACAUCUACGCCGCAAGCAUGGCACAGCUAGUCGUCUGCGCAAUCCCAGAGCCUGCACUCGCAGCCCUGCUUGCCACGCUGAUGUUCGGUCUUUCCUUCAUCUUCAACGGUGUAAUGCAGCCACCCGAUGAUCUCCCCCGCUUCUGGAUCUUCAUGUACCGCGUCUCGCCGUUCACCUACUACAUCGGCGGUAUCGGGGCUACGGCGCUCCAUGGCCGCCCGGUUGAGUGCAAUAAGGCGGAGAUGAGUGUCUUCGAUCCGCCUGCUGGUCAGACCUGCUUCCAGUAUAUGGAAAAGUACCUUGCGUCUGCGCCCGGGAAGCUUGCCAAUUACAAUGCUACAUCCGGUUGUGAGUACUGCUCUCUCAGCUCGGCCGAUCAGUACCUUUCUGCGAGGAAGAUUGAGUGGGGUGAUCGCUGGAGAAACUACGGAAUCUUCUGGUGCUAUUUCAUUUUCAACGUCUUUGCUGCUAUCACGCUCUAUUACCUCUUCAGGGUGCGAAGCUCCAAGGCUAAGACAAAGAAGGCUUGA